UACUCAUCGAUUGUACGAGUAGGUACAAAGCUGAAUGAAAUAGUGAAGCCAGAUACCAAAGAUCACACAGCGUACAAUAUUCGUCACCAACGACUUGUCUUCGAAGUGAGAUUCGCGAUUUGAACGACGACGUGGUUUCUGAGAAAAUACCUGCUUGUAGUAUACUCGUACGUAGCGUUUCGUACAAAAGCACUAAUUUUUUCUGCUCUCAGAUUUCGUUUCGUGUGUAUGUGAUUUUUCAAUUUUUUUCUUUUUCGGUUUUAUCAGUGUCGUGAGCCGAAUUUUAAGCGGUAAUCAUUCUGUCGACGUGUUAUUUGUGGUGUUUAUUGGUCGUCGCUUUCGAACUCUAUGGUUUAGUACACGAUUGUGUGGUGUUUUGCAAAAACGUUUCGAGAUUAGUGGUGGUGUUUUUGAAUUAGAGGUGUUUUUUUUCGAUUUUUUUUACAGGUAACAAGAGGUGCCUUCGCGGCAUCCAGACCGUCGGUCGUAUGUUUUAGUCAGCAGAAUGUCGACAUUACACAAUACCACGAAUACAAGUCAAUCGGCUAUCGUUCAAUAUUAUGAUUACCUGUUCGUCGAAUUGGCCGAUCCACGUACCAAUGACUGGUGGCUGAUUGGUAAUCCACUUCCUGGCAUUUUUAUUAUGGUCAGCUACCUUUUAUUCGUGUUGAAAAUCGGACCGAAUUACAUGAAGAAUAGGAAGCCGUACGAAAUGAAGAAUAUUCUCAUAGUUUAUAAUUUUAUCCAAGUUAUUGUUAGCAUGUGGCUGUUCCAAGAGGCAUUGGACGGAGCGUGGCUGAGAAGAUACAGUUGGAAAUGCCAACCGGUCGAUUUCUCGUAUUCGCCCGAAGCUAUGCGAGUGGCCAGAGGAUGCUAUAUAUAUUUUAUCGCCAAAUUAACCGAAUUGUUGGAUACGGUUUUUUUCGUGUUGAGAAAAAAAGACAACCAGAUUACCUUCCUGCACAUGUAUCACCAUACCGUGAUGCCGCUCAUAUCUUGGGGAUGCACCAAGUAUUACCCCGGUGGACACGGUACCUUCAUCGGAUUCAUUAAUUCGUUCGUCCAUAUAAUAAUGUACUCGUAUUAUUUAUUAGCCGCCUUGGGACCCGAAUUCCAAAAGUACCUGUGGUGGAAAAAAUACAUCACUACUUUACAAUUAAGUCAAUUUUGUAUCGCUUUCCUGCAUUCGUUCCAGUUAUUGUUUUACGACUGCGAUUACCCCAGAUGGACGAUGUAUUUCAUCUUACCCAACGCUAUAUUUUUCUACUACCUGUUCAGUGAUUUUUACCGAAAAGCUUAUAUCGAGCAGCAAACCCAAAUGAAACUUGCCCUGAAGAAGGAAUAAUAGAUCGCUAUGCUGUUUUCAUUGGCAUUUUUAUUGUGUAUCUACCUAUUCGACGAAGUGUGCAUUUAUCUACCUGAUGGAAAAAAGAAACGAGGCCCUCAUUUUUUGUUUUUCAUUGUUGUUGAAGAUGCUGCCAUAAUAAUUGUUGCAUACCAUAAUGAUGUGUAUUACAUAUAAUAUCUACUUAUCUGUAUACUUAUCUUACCACAGUUGUUGUGAUCCGUUUUGGGAUAAGUAUGAUAAAUUCAUAACCUAUCCUAACUAUUUACCUACCUACGUAUACUUUAUCUAUACAAUAUGUACUCGUAUGUAGUCGAUGCUCAAUAUCCUGGUUUCCUUUUCCUUUCCCCUUCAAAACGAAGAGAAUUUUGUCUCGUUAUUUUUUACCCAGUUGUAUUUGUAAAUAUUUUAUUUGACGAAUAGAUUGUUUUUUUUUUCUUUUUUU